CUUCGCCCGCUUCCGGUCGUCGUCGUCGUCGUCGCCGCUGCUGCCGCUGCUGCUGCUGCUGCUGCUACUGCUGCUGCUGAGACUGCUGGCGGAGGCCGGAGGAACGGGCGGCGGCGGCGGCGGCGGCUGAGAGGGCGGCGGCGGGAGCGGAGCGGGACGAGGGAGCGAGAGGAAGCGAGCAAGGAGCGAGCGGAGCGCGCCGAGCCCCGCCCGCCCUUCCGCCCGCCGGAGCAGCCGGAGCAGCCCGGGCCCCCAGCCGCCGCCGCCGCCGCCCGUCCGCCUGCCCGCCCGCCGGACAAAGCCCGAGAGCCCGCGCCCAGAGCCAUGUCCUCGUCCGCCGGCAGCGGCCACCAGCCCAGCCAGAGCCGCGCCAUCCCCACCCGCACCGUGCCCAUCAGCGACGCCGCGCAGCUACCUCAUGACUAUUGCACCACGCCCGGGGGGACGCUCUUUUCCACCACGCCGGGAGGAACUCGAAUCAUUUAUGAUCGAAAGUUUCUGUUGGAUCGUCGCAACUCUCCCAUGGCUCAGACCCCGCCCUGCCAUCUGCCCAAUAUCCCAGGAGUCACCAGCCCCAGCACCUUAAUUGAAGACUCCAAAAUAGAAGUAAACAAUUUGAACAACUUGAACAAUCAUGACAGGAAGCAUGCAGUUGGAGAUGACGCUCAGUUUGAGAUGGACAUCUGACUGUCCUGCGAGGAUCAGAAGAAAAGCAGCAACACUGAUACACGUGAAAUCCUGUUGAUACAUUUUGGGCAUCUUGCUUGGUGAGGAAGAUGGGCAAAGGCAGUUGGCCACUUCAUGUGUCAGUUCCUCUCAACAUUUACGGAGCACUUUGUCCAUCUGGCCCUGUAUGUGCCAGGAGGUGAUGUGUCCCUUCCCGAAGGAGCUUGGAGGUGAACACGUACAUGCUGGGGCUGGAUGCACCCAAGAAGGCCCUUCUUUAGGUACCAGCCUGGAGGAAGCCCAGGCAACAGCUUUCCUGACGAGGGCUGCCUCUGCCCCUCAGGAGCACGUGUUAGAAAUCCAUCAUAUCUGAUGUCUGAAAAUAAACUAGACUCUGCUGCGUGAGCAUCACA